AUGUGCCGGUGGGAACCGCCAGGCAUGCAUGUGAAGGAUGGCCCUCACACCUACGCCACACACUGCGGAUGGUCUUCUCCUACAGUCAUUGGGCUCAUGGCAUUCGGAGCCACGCGGACGUAUCACAUCCAUGGCAUCCCUUGGUACUUUGGCCGUGGCCGCCGCGAGGUGGUCGUGGUGGAUUUGCCCCUCCGAGAAGGCAUGUUGGUGGCCCUUGGAGGCCCCUUGAGGGAGAAGUGGCUCUAUGCACAGCCCAGAGAUGAGGAGAUGACCAUGUCAUGA